AUGACACACUUUAAUAAACUAGUCGCCAUUCUCCUUACUGUCAUUGGUGUGACGUUAGUAACGGCUUCACCGCGUGCUGCCCAUGUUCAAGUUCUCGAUCGACGAUGGAGCUACGAUGUCUGCAACAAUUGCUCUCUAUAUGGCAUUCCCGCGCCCGACAAGACGACCUUUAACGACGGACCUAUCGGCAAAUGGCACGCCGACCGGACCUACAACCUCUGCCUUGGUAGCCCGCCGGACUGUUCUCAAAAGUGGACAGUGACAUUGGAUUUCCAAGGUCUGAACCUCUUCUUAAAUUUCUCCAAGGCCCCUAUUGGAUAUACCUACUCGACCGCCGGGGUGUUCCUGGCGCCUCAGGGCGUGGGAUUUGGGCCCUCAUUCAAUCCUCCCCCGACCGACGUGACGCCGACAUACAAGUGCGUCAUUAACGCGGAUGGCACCGCAACAUGCAUUAUCCCCUUCUCUGUCCUGACCGGAAAGGACACUACCGAUGCUGCCGUACUGUUCAACGCACUGUGCCCCCUCGGCUCGAGGCAGGCUCUCGAUUUCUACGUAGCCUUUUCCGGCUACGUGACGAACUCGGCGGGGACAUACGCCUUCCAACAGCAGUACCCCUGUACCAACUAUUCUAGUGCGGCUUGUCAGAGUUACUGCACCUCGUGCAUCUACGCCGAGAUGUCAUACCGCUGUACCAAGUGCAACGUCCCUUGCCCAAGCUCCAGCACGACUAGCACAUCCUCCAGCACCUCUACUAGUAGCACUUCCUCUACUAGCAGCACUUCUUCUACUAGCAGCGAGUCCUCUACUAGCAGCACGUCCUCCACUAGUAGCACGUCCUCUACUAGUAGCACGUCCUCUACUAGUAGCACGUCCUCGAGCUCACCAACCCCUUCAAGCUGUGAUGUCGGCACGGCCUUUGGCUAUCAAGACUCGAUACAUAGCCACACCCUUAAUACCCAGAGUGGGCAGGGUUGCAAGAGAUGGGGCUGGUACGAGACGCCGUCCGAGGUCGACCUCCAGACAGGCAUCAGCGGCAUUUUGUACGUCGGCGCAGGGGGAAACGACAUAUCCAAGGCGAUCAACGUGGGCACCUGGUCCGCCGUAGAGACGGGUGGGUCUGUCAUGGUGACGUACAGCCUAUCUGCUCCCUAUACGGCCACUGAGAUCCACGUCGAUCUCAACUGUCUGCCCAUAGACAAAUGUGCACCAGGCCAGUAUACGUACGGUAAUACGUUCAGCGGUUUGGGUGUUAGCUCAUUCACAACACCCUCUAUCCCGUUCCCGAAUUGCGGGAGCGGCGAGACACCAUAUUUGAUUGUCCAUGCUAGGGUAUCAACAACGACGACAGGGAGCUGUGGGACGCCAGUUUUAUGA